AUGAAAAAUACAAAGGAUGCAUACUUACCUACCAUUACAUCUAGUUUCAACCAGUUAAGAUCAGAGGCUUCAAGUUCUAUGAAAUAUUAUUAUAACAACAGUGUUAGCAAUGUUUAUGAUCAAAGUAACCAACAAGAAUAUCAGCAUCAAAACGCAGAAAAUACUAAAGAGUUUUUAAACAAUGCAAAAAUAGUAAUAUACCCGAUAUAUAGUACGUUUAACUCUGUCGAAAACCUAUAUCUAACUCAUGUCAAGGGGAACAUAUACUUACCAGGCGUCAUGAAUAGAAAAAAUAGAUUAAUUUAUUCGUUGUGUAAACAGCUGAUGAGGAAACCUACAAAUUCUGACACUUUAACUACACUAAUCGAAAAUCAAGAAAUUAGUCGUAAUGGUAGCAUGCAUCAUAAUGAUAUUGACGAUACUGCUUCAGUUGCAUCGUCCGCAUUUCCUUCGUCAUUAGCAUCAUCGCCCUCCUCCUCCUCCUCCCCCUCUUCUUCUUCUUCUUCUUCUUCUUCUCCUGAUCUUAGCUCGGUAAUAUCAUCAAAAAAUACAAAUACUAGCGAAAACAGUAAUAAAAUAUUUGAUUCCAGGAUUUCAGGGUUUUUGUCCAAGGGAGUUAAUAAUUGUCAAAUUUCACUGUACGUAGAUAAUCAAUUAUAUGCUAAUCUGAAAAGUGAUGAGUUAGGUAAUUUUGAAUGCCUACUAACAACUAUCAAGAUGCCGAAUAAUGUUACAUGCAAAUGUCUUCUCAACAGCAAUAUAUCUAACUCUAUCAAUGUCGUUCACUAUUCAGAAAGUGCUAUUAGCGUAAUAAGCGAUAUUGAUGAUACUAUAAAGCAUACUGGUGUUGUAGGAGACAAACGAUCUUUAAUCUGUAACACAUUUCAAAAUGAUUACUCUCAGUGGUUAAUUCCAUCGGUUUCUAAAUGGUACGGCCUGUUGUCUCAUAAUUAUAGCAUAGAGUUUUUUUACGUUUCAAAUUCUCCAAUCCAAUUAUACCCAUUUUUACAAGAGUUUAUAUCACAAUUCUACCCCAGUGGGGUAAUAUUUUUAAAAGAAUAUUUUCAAGGUAACUUAUUGAGUAAUAUUAUGGUUUCUUCAGCUAAAAGGAAGUUAGGGUUCAUAGCUAAGGUUAUUAGAGAUUAUCCCUCAAAGAAAUUUAUUUUAAUUGGUGAUUCUGGUGAAAAAGAUUUGGAGGCUUAUAUAACAACUGCAAUUAUGUUCCCCAAACAGGUAUUAGCCAUAUACAUUAGAAGUGUUCCAGGUUCAUUGAGUGAUUUAGAUAAUAAUGAUGAAAUAAUUAGACAAAAUUUGAAUGAUAUGAUCGAAAAACAUUAUUUAAACAUUACUCAAGAACAUGAUUCUUCUGCAACUUGUCAUAAUGUAAAUGAACAUAUUACCUUAUCGUCACCUCCAUUGAGUAAUCAUAGAAAUAACAGCCCUGAGGUCAUACCGGAUUUAAUAACCUUCGAUGAUGAUUGCCAUGAUGAAAAUACAACGGUUGACACCAUAAAAUCAACAUCGUCAUCUUAUUCUUCUUCUUCUUCUUCUUCUCCGCCAAGGAAACCAUUUAAAAAGAAGAAUUUAUUAACUCCAGAAAUUGAGGAAGAAAUAAAAAGAUCACAAACACCUUCAACCGCGGGUUCAAUAUCUACAAUAACUAGUGUACCAGGCGCGGCAUCAACUAUUACUGGGGAUAAUAGCAGUGAUAGUUGCAGUAGAGCUUUAAUGGAAAAGAAAAAACCGCCUGUUCCACGUAAAAGCAACGCUGUUAAUGCUGCAUAUUCUAGAGCAAUUUUAGAUGGUUCGACAAAAGCAACACCCAUAACACCUGUCUUGAAAACUACGGCAUCAAGGCCCCCACCACCGCCUGUACCUCCACGUAAAACAGUCAAUAGUUGUAAAAGUACUAGUACAAACAUAGCUAAAGAUGUGCAAAAUAAUCACAUUGCAGCAUCAAAUAGCUCAUACGCCAAUGAUCAAGAUGGUGGAAAUAAAAAUACAAGAGAAUUUGAGGAUGAGGAUGAGGAUGAUUAUUGUUAUUAUACACCAUCAUCUCAAAAUGAUUAUGGUUCUUAUGAAACUUUUAUGGAUAAAAGGGCUGAUAUGUGGAGGAGGAGGGUGGAGCACGCCAUUACUCAACUAUCCACUGUGGCCUUCAGAAACGGUACUCAAAAUAAAAUAAGAUUAAAAUUUUUCAAGGAUGAUUGUUUGCAAGAUAGUAUUGAUGUCAUAGAAGAAGCAUCUGGUGAUAAAUGUGGCAAUGAUGACCAAGUCAAUGUUAAUAAAGAUAACAUGGAACCACCAAGUUUGAUAUGA